CUGAGCUCGACAUGCUUUAUAAACACGUCAGCCUUACUACUGAGAUUAUAGUUUGUGCUACGCAGGGCGAUGCAAACAGACCGAAAGUGUUGCCAACAUACCUGUAAACUUCAACUUUGUAGUUCUUGAAAAAGCUUGGAGAAGAGCACAAUGGCGGAGGUGGAGGUGUUUGAUGGUGAUCCCAGAUUGCCGUUGAUCACAGAAGUUUUCCGAAGUUUCCUGGAAGAAAAUCUGGAUGUGGAUGCAAAUAAACAGUUUCUUGCCGAACUGACCAGUUCAGGUGUUGAAGGAGUUACAAAAUUUGAAACUACCAAGGAGCUCUUGGACUUUCUGGCCAGCGAAAAUAAGAAAGGCACAUACAGUGCCUUUCUGCAGUCUCUGAGGAAGAUGGGAGAAAUGACCCCAAAUUUCAACUACCUGGCUGAUUUCAUUGAGGGGGUAGACACCGCUGUGAAAGAAGCCGAGUGCAGGGACUACAUCAAACAUCUACUGAAGGCAUUCUUUACGACGCUUUGUGCGGCAAUUCAACCACAAGACAUCAUGGUGCACCUGGUGGAAGACCUCAGCAGCGCAGAGAGGGAGAAAGUCAACACAGCGUGCGAAACCCAUAGCCGCUCAUGUGGGGCGAUUGCACUUAUGAACAUUCUGUUCACCAAAGGGAUAAAGAGCAUUCGCCGCCUAAUAGAGGGUCUCCGUGAGAAUGGCCAGGCCAUCCUCGCUGAUCAGAUGUCUGAAAUGAUAAGUGGUGAAGAUGAUGGUACCUGUGACAAAAUAGCAUGCAAACUUGCCAACUGCAGUGAUGUCAACACAGGGACCAUGACUGAUCAAGCUGUCACUUAUGGAGAGAGUACGCCUGGAGAAGACAAUGCCAGUGGCUGUGAGUCUUUGACAAGUGCAGCAGCACAGGACACAAACUGUGCAAUGAGUGCUUUAUCCAUACAAUCAAAUGAUGUGAACCUCAAUAUGUCCCAAGAUGAGAAGAACCUCACCCAGGCUAAAGAGGUUCCAUCACAGAGCAACGUCACAUCUCCAGAGGAUGAAGCAGAGGAAGAUGACAGUGUUGAUGACAUGCCCACAGUAGAGGAGGAGGCACCAGAGAUUAUCCCCAUACAACUUCGCAAUUAUCAGAAAGAACUGGUCGCUGCUUCCCUGCAAGGCAAGAACUCGGUCAUAGUGGCGCCGACGGGCUCAGGCAAGACCGUCGUCGCAGCCAGGCUGGCCAAGGCAGUCCUGGACAGGGAGCCUGGGGUGGGUCCACGCACUGGGAAUAGCAAAGUGCCAAACCCAGUGGAAAACGGAUCCAAUAAAGUCAUAUUCAUCGUCAACAAGGUGCCACUUGUCAAGCAACAGUGUGACGUGUUUAAGAAGUACAUCGACGGCAAACGCAUCAUGGGUCUGAGUGGUGAGGUGGGUCACAUUGGCUCAUUGUUGGACCUCUUGGAAAAGAAAGAUGUCCUUGUCAUGACAGCCCAGAUCUUGGUCAAUGCUCUGCAUGGAAACAAAGAGGACAACGAAUGUAUGGAGCUGUCCAAGAUUGGCCUGCUCAUCUUAGAUGAGUGCCAUCACUGCCAGAAAGGCGAUCCGUACAAUGAAAUCAUGGCGGAAUAUUGUAGCCUGAAGUUGGCUUCUCCAGAGAAGGAGAGACCUCAGGUUCUUGGCCUGACAGCCUCGAUGGGUGUAGGCAAAGCCAAGACCAGAUACAAGGCCCAGACACACAUCUUGACCCUGUGUGCUAAUCUUGAUGCCGAAAGGCUGUGCACCGUGCAGAAUCUGGAAAACUUGGAGGAACUGAAGAAAAACAGGGACAAGCCGACAGAAAUCAUCAAACCUGUGAAAGGACGGAGGAAUGAUCUUUUCAGGAAAAUCAUUGAACCAAUCAUGGCGCAGAUUGAAGAUUGCAUCUCCAAAACACCUGGUGGGGAGAUCAUCCGCAAGGAAAGCCACGAUUUGAAAUGUCCGCCCAGCCGUGGCACUCAGGUCUAUGAGCAGUGGCUGGUCCGAAUGCAAGAGUACGUUGCCAGGGAAGUUGAGGACAAUGGUGUACGCUUGUGCCUCGUAACAUGUGUUGACCACCUGAAGGAGUACAACAACAGCCUCUACAUCAACCGUGAUGCUCGCAUCCAGGAUGCUCUGGAUCACCUGCAGAAACACCUCACGCGACAUGAUGAGGAGGAAGAAUGUCCUAUCAAUUCCUUUGAGCAGCAGUUGGUGGACUUGUUCAGAGAAAAAGAAGAGCUCCUCCAAAGCAUGAAAGACAAGGAGGCCAACAAAAACCCUCUGCUGGACUGUUUGUCCAAAACUCUGAUCGAAGCUCUCUCAGGGCAGGACCAGUCACGGGGGAUUCUGUUCUGCCGGACACGAGCAGCAACGGAGGCCCUCCUGGCCUGGAUUGAAGAGACACCAGAGCUCAAGUUCCUCAAACCAGGCCGGCUGAUUGGAUGUGGUGGCACAGGAAUGACACAGAAACAGCAAACGGAACUGUUGAGCUUGUUCCGGGAUGGAAACCAUCAACUGAUUGUGGCCACUUCUGUGGCUGAAGAGGGCUUGGAUAUCCAGCAGUGUAACGUGGUCAUCCGCUACAACUACAUCUCCAAUGACAUUGGCAGAGUGCAGGCCCAAGGUAGAAACAGAGCCAAGGGUGGGAAAUUCUACCUGAUAGUGUCAGAAGAGCUGAAGCUGCAUGAACGGGAAUUCAUGAAUCAAAUCCGUGAGAAGAUGAUGCUUGAAGCAACCCAGAAACUGCAGAAGAUGACUGAGGAUGACUUCCUGGCACAGAUUGCCAAAAUUCAGAAGGAUAGUAAACUGGAGCGAAAACUGAGGAAGUUCAACUCCCGACUACUGAAGCACAACAAGACCCUGAUGAAAGUGCUGCUAAUCUGUCGGAGGUGUGGUGCCAAGGCAUGCACUGCAGAUGACAUCAAGUGCAUCCAGAAUGCACAUCAUGUCGUCCUGGACGAAUCCUUUGAGUCCCGCUGCAGCUUCUUAGACAUACCCAACCGGAGCGUCUGCCCUGACAUGGAACUGCGCAAGCAGAUCAUGUGUGGGAACAAGGAGAAGGCAUGCACCCAGGAGUGGGGGAACCAGAUGCUCUACAAAGGUUGUGUGGUCAACCUCAUCUCCCCCAGGAAUUUUGUCAUGAAGAUGCCCAAGGGCCCUUCUCGCACCUUCAAGAAGUGGAAGGACGUCCCGUUUACGAUUCAGGCACUAUCCAUUGAGGAGCUUGACAAGAUUUGCAAUCAGUCUUUGGAAGAUGAAGAGGACGAGGAGGAGGAACAACAGGAACAGAUGGAAGAACAGAGGGUCAGUGGAGAUGGGAUAGAGACAGUCACCACGGUAACCUCAUCCCAGCCUCGACAAGAGAGAGUACCCACAAACACUGACUAGGGUUUAUUGCAGGGUGUGCUGCCCUUAAAAAAAAAUUUAGUUCUAAAUUUUGUACUGAACAGUUCAACAUUUACAAGGAGCUCCAAUUUACACUUGUGCCUGUUGAGCAUUGGACACGACAACAGAAACUAUUCAGUGUUUGACAACCUUUUACAAACCAAUGUCGCAAAAACAGCGCCUUUAGGUGCGUGGCUUAAAAGGACAAACUUGCAAUUUCAGAGUAUGCAUGCCUUCUACUUAAAAGUCGUGUGUCUUUAUCUUUAUAAUCUGAUUGCCAUUAAAUUUGAUUAUCAUUAAAUUGUUUACCAUGCUUUCUAAUAGCAGAGCAUGACCAAACAAAGAAACUUAAUUGGAAUAUAAAAUGAAAGGUUCAAAAGUUCACAAGAAAUGUUGGUUUUCAUUAGAGCGUCCAUGUUCCUUCUAAAUUAAGUGGACACUCUAAGUGCAAAAUUCUAGUUGAGAAAUUAUUGGCAAUGUUUAUAAUGAAUUCCACAUUAGCUCUUCAGUUGUUACACUGUAACUGUUUUCAAGAUUAGUUCUUUUGACUGUGUCUGACUACGUUAGCUUUGAGCUCCCGGGUAAGGACCACAUUACAUUAGGCCAUGUCCAAAGCAGGCUUGUAGAGCUAUGGAUAGGUCUACUUUGUGCAUGUCUCUACAUAUUUCCAAUGGACAGAAGACCUAGACCUAGCUCUAAACAGAUUCAGAAGCAGUUUGCAGUGACCUAGCACAUAUUACUCUAACCUGAUGCAUAAAAAUGUCAUCCAUGAAGCAUACCAUGCUACUUUCAUUUAAUCACUUUGUAUUUUACGUUGGGCGAUAAGUCUUGAAAACUAAGCUCUUGAAUUUGGAACGUAAUCCCUGUUUGUAUAUACAGUAAAUAAAGUGUUGGCCAUAUUAGUCUCACACGAAAUUCUUUAUAUGAAGUACAUGCAUUUGCUAAGGGGUUAAAAUACACAGGCCCUUAUUUGAAUUCACACAAAAAAAUCAGGCUUUUGAUAUGUGACCUCGAAGCAAUGAAAAAUACACUGCCAGGAAUCUGGUUAACACUGUAUAUAAUCAGACCUUCAAAGGCUUUUGAAAAGUUCAAGUACCGAAGUUGCAAUGACAUUUUUUAAAUACCUUGAGGACUCUUUAUUCUAUGGAGAUUAUGAAAACGUGAAUAGGAUUUGUGAGUAGAGGGUAUGAAAUUGGGAGGGUACAAUAAUAGACACUUCAUUUUAUGACAUCAGUAUGGUUGAUACACUUGAAUCUAUUGGUUUAAAAUCCUCAAAAGGUGUAUUUUAUUACUAAUAUUGUGGGCAUUGAAAUAGAUUCGUUCCAUCCAAAGUUAACACGUCUUAGCUUUACCAUACAAAAUUUGUAUAUCUGAAAUCUCAUGUUUCGAGAGUUAACAGCUUUUUCAUGUUACGUGUGUUUCACCCAGAUGCGCAUUACUGUAUUGACAUUGGUUUAUAUGUCGUACAAAAAUUCAAAUCCUUACUCUUGCUAUAUUGUUUAAAUGCAUGUUUUGAAUGUCACAUAUAUUGUUUUAGCAGAGGGUUUCAAAAAUACAUGCACAUGCUCUCAAGACACAGAUAAAAUACACCCAAAUAUUGUGAAAUGUAUGAAAAUCCUUUAUUGAAAUUGGCCUAUACACCAACAAAUUUAACCAUCUACAACACAAAAACUACCUUUUAAAAGUGUAAAAGGAAACAAAUCUGUAGUGUAGUUAACGCAUGUAUUCUUAUAAUUUUCCUUUAAAAUAUUCUGUUUCAUACAGCUUUCCAUUUUGUUAAUAUAAAACAAGUUUUUCGUUAUUGCCAUAUUUUUUUAUAAAUUUGAAGAUUUCAAAAUAUACAAAUAAGUCUUAGAUAACAUUCAAAAGCUGGACAUAAAAAUGAACAAUUUAAGAUAUCUUUCCAAAGUUGAUUUACACGCUGCAAUAUUUAAUAAAAGUUUGCUCAUGCUUAAGAAAAAAAUGUGCAGAUCAGCAAGCUGUGCUUUUGUUCUUCACCAUUAAAAUGUUUAAAAUUUAAUGGCAUCCAAUAAACCAAUUCAAGUUGAAACCAAAAGUUUCCCAGA